CACUUACAAUGGUCUCUAGAGUAUGUGCACUGCAUUAUAACAGACAGCAUCAACAUGGGGUGUCCAUGCUGCGGCAUUCACAACUGUUGGCGGGAGUUAUGGACACCUCAAGACCACUGGUGUGUGGGUCACCAGAGCUGGGAGCUCUUCUGUGUGGUUGAUGGUUGUUCUGUCCCUCAUGUCCUGGGCUGCCGGACUUGUGAGCCCCAUGUGUCUGUUGAGGAGCACUUCUUGGCAACAAGCCAGGCAACAUUCAUGCUGCACGCACGGCUGCAGUAG